AUGCCCGCUCAUGAAACAUCCUCGUGCAAGGAUCGCUGGAGAAACUUUUGGGAUGUUAAUUUCUGUUCUUUUCUUCAAGAGGCAAUCAAGGGACUCGUGAGUGAGUUCAAGGUGCCUAAAAAUGAGGACGCAAAUAAAGUGAAGUAUCAAUUUCAAUGGCUUUACACCAAUGGUAUGUUGGCAAUUGUAUUCUCAUUUGGGCUUUUAUACACGACAUUAAAAAGCAGGAAAGCAAGAUUAUGGUGGUUUGGGACAGGCCGACUUAGAAGCUUCAUAGCAGACUAUGGAGUCCCAUUGAUGAUUAUAGUGUGGACAGCUGUCUCUUUCAGUGUACCUGGCAAACUCCCUUCUGGAGUUCCAAGAAGACUCUUUAGUCCACUCUUAUGGGAAUCUGAAUCAACAUACCAUUGGACUGUUAUCAAGGAUAUGGGUAAAGUUCCUCCUGUAUACAUCUUUGCAGCCUUCAUCCCAUCUCUUAUGAUAGCUGGCCUUUAUUUCUUUAAUCAUAGUGUUGCUUCACAGUUAGCUCAACAGAAAGAAUUCAACCUCAAGAAUCCUUCAGCUUAUCAUCACGACAUUCUUUUGCUUGGAUUCAUGACGUUGCUUUGUGGACUAUUAGGACUACCUCCUUCGAACGGUGUAUUGCCUCAAUCACCCAUGCACACUAAAAGCCUAGCGUUUAUUAGAAAGAAGUUGGUAGCGAGUGCUAAGGAAAGCAUAAAGCAGAAAGCUAGCAAUUCAGAGAUCUACAACAAGAUGCAAACCGUUUUCAUAGAAAUCGAUAGCUCUCCAAUUACAACUACGAUAGUUAAAGAACUAAAGGAGUUGCAAGAAGCAGUGAUGAAAGUAGAAGAUGGAGAAGAAAACACAAAUGUGAAGUUUGAUCCUGAGGAGCACAUCGAUGCACACUUACCUGUGAGAGUUAAUGAGCAAAGGGUCAGCAAUCUACUGCAGUCGCUUCUUUUAGCAGGAUCUAUUUGCGCAAUGCCACUUAUAAAAUUAAUACCAACUUCAGUUCUUUGGGGCUAUUUUUCUUACAUGGCCAUUGAUAGUCUUCCUGGAAACCAGUUUUGGGAAAGGAUCUUGCUUCUCUUUAUCCCCUCUGGCAGAAGAUACAAGGUUCUAGAGAAGGUCCAUGCUUCUUUCAUCGAGUCAGUCCCAUUUAGAAGCAUAGUAGUAUUCACAGUCUUCCAAAUUGUGUAUUUCCUUGUGUGCUACGGUGUGACAUGGAUUCCUAUAGCUGGCAUUUUGUUCCCGGUUCAUUUCUUCCUUCUCAUCAGCAUACGCCAACACAUUCUACCAAAACUAUUCCAACUUCAUUAUUUAAAGGAACUUGAUGCAGCUGAAUAUGAGGAAAUCCUUGGUAGUCCACCAAGAGCUCCUAGUUUCAAUCUCAGGGAAUCGGUUAGUGAUCAUGGUGGGAGCAUUGAAGGUGACGUGGCCAUAUGUGAUGCUGAAAUACUUGAUCAAAUGACUACAAAUAGAGGGGAGCUCAAGGUUCGGAAUCUUAGUUUCAGAGAAGAAAGACACACACAGCAAAUUUAUCACGGGGACUAUAUCCAGCCAGAGUGAAACACAGAGAUCAAUGAUCAUUGAUGGAUAGCACUAUGAUGGUUGUGUAAAGGUAAUGAAUAACUAGUAUGCAUUUGGUGUAUGCACAAGAACUCAAUAAGGCUUUGUGUAAAUGUGUAUUGUGUUGGUUUACUACUUUCGUUUACUUCAAGUUCAAUGUGAAUAUGAUUAUGUGAAAUUGUGAAUUUACAAAACAAUUAUUUUAUGGGGCACAACCCAGUGGAAUAUUGAGCCCAUAUUUGUGGUUUUUAAAGAAAAAAGCCCAUCGAGCU